AUGGCCGCAAAAUGUGCUGCGGUGAUCGAAGACGAGUUUCCCGUGCCGGUCACUAUGCACUGUACUUCACCACGCUCAUCACCUGGAGAUGAGCAAUCAGCUAGUGGCUCUACGGAACUUAUUCAAAGGCCUUACAUUCGGAAAACUGACCCGAAGAUGCGACAAAUGACGCGGAGAACGUCCCAUACCCUGCUAUUCGUUCCAGAACAGAGGAGAAUAAGCAAUGUAUCCGGAAAUUCUGUCGCCAGCUGUCCUUGUCCGGAGCUUGGAGAAAAAGGCGAUCUGGCACCUUUGCCUCCCAGAUUUAGUCUGAAUCUCAGUCCCACUAAUUCUCGACGUAGAAGUGUUCAAACUGGGGCGCCAGCAAUUGGUUUUCGUCCACUGAAAAGUUUUGAACGACGGGCCAGCCAACCGACGCUGCAGCUCGAAGUUCAGGCAAAAAUCAUUGAGCCUUCGGAAGAGCCCGUUGAUAAGACGAAAAUGCUCACCAAGCGGGUUAGUUGGCUGUCGAUGAAAAGUCUUCAGGAAGGGGAAAAGUCGUCAGCGAGACGGACGAGCUCUCCGUCCAAAGGCGCUGAUUCCCGUUCAGCCAGUCAGUAUGGUAGUCAAAGUCAACUUUACGGAGAACAUGAUUUCGAUAGUGAUACUCCUCCUUUGGAUACUUUGAGUUGGAGUAAUGCAGGCAGUAAGUUCCUAGCCAAUGGUUUCCAAUGCCUUUUGAUUAAUAGUCGACCCAUUGAUCAGAAUUGUUUAUUUAUAAUUCAAAUUCUCUAUUCUUUAGAUGAGUACGACAACGUGACGCUGAUGUACGCAAAGCAUGAAAAAAUCCCUAUGAAAGAUUUUGGCUCCGAAAUUCGUGCAACUAUGGAUAUUGAUCACUUAUUGAACAAGGCUGUGCUUCUGCUUGACUUACAGGAGACAAGUCUUGAAGAGAUCUUUGCAAAGUGA